CUCCUCUUCUAUCCUUCUCUACACUUGCAUCUCUCUCUCUCUCUCUCUCUCUCUCUCUCUCUCUCUGAGCAUUCUUUGCUUCUCUUAUCCUUCCUCCCUUCUUCCCAUCCAUAUAUACCAAAAGGAGAAAGAAGGAAGAAGAAAAUAUGGUUGAUUCGCUCGUUUCAACCGUGGGAGAGAAGUUGAAGACCGUCCUCCAAGAUGAGGUGGCUUUGUUGGUGGGUGUCAACAGUGAGAUCGAAAAGCUUUCCAGCACUUUCACCUUGAUUCAAGCUGUGCUUGAAGAUGCUGAGUCUCGACGUGUGAAGGACAAAGCAGUGACGAUCUGGUUAGAGAAGGUCAAAGAUGUGGCCUACGAUGUGGAUGACAUACUAGAUGAGUGGAGGACAGAAGCUCUCAGACCACAAGCUCCAGAUGAAAGUGAUGGCUCCUGUUUCAGCUUCCUUGUUACUUGCUUCCUCUCCUAUGUUACUUUCUUCAAUCAUGUCAUGUUACGCCACAAUAUUGGGUGUAGGAUAAAGAAGGUAAGGGGUAGAUUAGAUUCUAUUGAAAAAGAGAAGAGCCGAUUGGGUCUUAGAGUAGAUAUUGGAGAAAGGGAGAGAGUGGAUAGUGAAGUUAGGAGGGGUGAGAUUAGAGAGCGAGAGACAAGCUCCCUACUUGACCCGUUGAUUGUUGGGAGAGGAGAUGAAAAAAAAGAAGUCGUAGACUUGUUGCUAGGGGGGAGUAGUAGAGAGGUAAAUGAGGUGCCCUUCGUCAUUUCUAUAGUUGGAAUGGGGGGCUUGGGCAAGACCACCCUUGCGCAACUCAUUUACAACGAUGAAAAUGUCAAGGGGCAUUUCGACAUGAGGAUGUGGGUAUGUGUUUCUGAAGACUUUGAUGUCAAACGUAUUACAAAAUCAAUCAUCGAAUCGGCAACUGGGAAGGGUUCUGAGUUAUCAGACUUGGCCCCAUUGCAGGAUCGUCUCCAUGGUAUGUUGCAAGCAAAGCGAUUCUUGCUUGUGCUUGACGACGUUUGGAGCCAUGAUAGUGAGAAGUGGGACAAGCUGAGACUUCCCUUCCAAGCUGGUGCACCCGGGAGUCGAAUCAUUGUAACCACUCGUUUGGAAGAUGUUGCAUCGAGGAUGGGAAGUACUCACAUGCAGAAACUGGAUGUUUUAUCUGAUGCUGAUUGCUGGUUAGUGUUCAGUCGCAGAGCGCUUGAGCAUCGGAGUGCAGAAGAGCGUUCGGAUUUGGAAGAGAUUGGAAGGCAAAUCGUAAACAGGUGUGGAGGGGUGCCUCUCGCAGCAAAGACGAUAGGGAGUGCCAUGUGCUCAAGAAAGACGAGAAGCCAGUGGGAGCUUGUCUUGAGAAGCGAGGUAUGGAAGUCAGGUGAUGUCUUAGGAGGCAUUUUACCGGCUUUGUUACUAAGCUACCAUGAUUUACCUCUAGCUCUUAAGCAGUGCUUCACGUAUUUCUCUAUUUUCCCGAAAGAUUGGAUGAUAGAGAAGGGUACGAUGAUCAAAUUAUGGGAGGCUCAAGGUUUCAUAUGCUCGGAGGGAAGUGAAGACAUGGAGGAAAGUGGUGGACUGUAUUUUGAUGAUCUACUAAGACGCUCAUUGCUCCAAGAUGCAGAACUCGAAGAUGAAGGUAACAUAUGCUGCAAGAUGCAUGAUUUAGUUCAUGAUCUUGCACAAUCUGUUUCAGGAAGUGACUUUUCACUGGUGCAGAUCGGAAAGCAACCCUCAUUAAACUUCAACAACGUCCACCAUUCUUUUUUUGUCCAUGAUGAAACUGUUAAUGAAGCUGAUGAGGUGGCUUACAUUUUGGCCACCUUGUAUAAGGCCCACAAGCUGCGGACGUUGUUCCUUGACUCAAGAAUCUCCAUGGUGCCAAGAAUGUCAUUCCAUCAUUGGAGACGCCUUAGAGCAUUGGACUUGAGUUAUACCAGCAUUAAGAAAUUGUCUCCAACGGUGGGACAUUUGAAGCACUUGAGAUUUCUUGAUUUGUCUCACACAGGUGUAGAAGAGUUGCCAGAGGAGGUGUGUAAUUGCCUAAAUUUACAAACAUUGAGACUCAAUUGGUGUCGGAAGCUAAAAAAACUGCCUGGAGGGAUGAAGAAAAUGAUUAACCUGAGACAUCUAGAAUUUAAAAAUUCAGAUGAUCUGAGGUACUUACCGCAGGGUAUAGGGAGACUAACUGGCCUUCGGACGGUUUCAAAGUUCAUUGUUGGGGGUGGCAACAAAGGAUGUAAAUGUGGAGAACUGAAACACCUCAAUCAUCUUCAAGGAAGUCUUCGGAUUACCAGCUUGGAAAAAAACAUGAGCAGGGACAAAGCUAGAGAGGCAGAACUGAAUAAGAAGAAGCACCUUCAUACUCUAUCCUUCGAGUACAAGGAUGAAGAUGGUGAGCUGUUGGAUGAAGAGGUGAAGAAAAUGGAGGACGUGCUUGAAUUUCUCCAGCCCCACACAAAUUUGAAAGAGUUGGCAAUACAGUAUUACGGAGGUUCUACGCUUCCCAAGUGGAUAGAGGAUCCGGUGUUCUCCCAUCUAGUCAGGAUAACAAUCUCGUUUUGUUGGGAGUGUAUACAAUUGCCAGGUUUUGGGAAAUUACCAUCCCUUAAAUACCUUUCUAUUUCAUACAUGUAUGAGGUAAGAAAGGUGGGUGUUGAGUUUAGUGGGGUUGAUAACAAUGACGGAAGUGGUGGUGGUCGUGUUUCAUUCCCAAAGCUGGAGACCCUCCUCUUCAAAAACAUGCCAAAUUGGGAGGAGUGGGAUUUGAGAGGUGAAGUUGGAGAGGUUAUGCCAUCUCUCCUCCAAUUAGAAGUAAAAUGGUGCCCAAAAUUGAAGGAGUUGCCAACCAACCUUCCACCGCUCCUCCAGAAGCUGACUUUACAAAUAAGUAACGAAGGGAUGUUGUCAUCGGGAGGGACCUUACCCGUCCUCCCCAACCUUAAACAUUUGAUUAUUUACGAAGGGAUGGUGUCAUCGGGAGUGAUGCUGACAUCGUUCCCUUGUGGUUGGUUGGGACAAUUAAAAGCCCUCGAGACUCUAGAAAUCAGCGAGUGUUGGGUGUUGCAGUCUCUACCAGAUGAGGAGUUGCAACAGCUCACCAUGCUUCAAGAAUUGCGGAUCUACCGUUGUCCAUUCUUAUAUGAGCGCUACGGAUAUGGAGGAGAAGAUCGGAACAAGAUUGCUCGAAUCCCCAAUAUAACAAUUGUUUGGUAAAAGGUGCAUAGGAUUUUCUUUUGCUUUUGUUUCUAGGAAUUGUAUUGCUUCUCCCUGUAACUCCUCUUCUUUUUUAUUCAUUUUCUUUUUUGUUUGUUUUUUUAACUUGAUGCUGUUUAUCAGAUGUUGAUUGUAUUUUACUUGGUUCAACGUGGGACAUUGUUCUCUGUUUUGGAGGUCAGGUUCUAUGCCCCCCUCCCCUCUAUCUUAUCUACUCUUUUCUUUUUUUUAUUAAUAAAGCUUAUGAUGGUCCCGUCCACUUUCACACA